AUGGCCUCCGCUUCUUCUUCCAGUGCGAAAUUACUCUACGGCGAUUCGAAAGCCAGAAUUAAUCAAAGAGUCAGAUACACAAUCGAUGGAAUCGGUUCCUUGUCCAGAAAUCUCAUCAGAUCUUCAAAAUCUUCCGAAACUUUGAUGCAAUCUGCCAAAUUAACGAGUCAGCAAGAACACAUCCUCGAAGCAGCCGAUUUGAGUCUUAGGAAGAUGCAAGUUCUUGUGACACAUUUGGGCUACCAGCUGGAGUCGAUUGAAAGCAAUGCCAAAGCGUUUGCUGAUGUCAGAGAGCAAUUCCAGGGACUCCAAGACUGAAUUCGAUCUCACAAAAAACAAUUUCACCUGCUAUUUUAUCACAGCAUCUUGCACGGGUUGAGAAAUGUUCAUUUCUACUCAUUUUUAAAUAAUUAUUCAUGUCAAGUUGUCAACUAAUAAUACAAAUAAUCUUUUUCUCUUA